UGAUGUGCACUAACCUUUUGCGCAAGACAAGAGAAGAGAGAGAGAGACUAUACAAACACCUUCCAUGGUUGAUUCACCACUCUCUCUCUCUCUCUCUCUCUCCGAUUUCGUGCUUCCCAGACUAUCUCCGAUUCUCUAUUGCUCAAGAUCUACCCAAUCAGUUUGAUAUCAAAUGUCUCGAAGGUAUGACAGCCGCACGACGAUCUUCUCUCCUGAAGGUCGUCUCUACCAAGUUGAGUAUGCUAUGGAGGCCAUUGGAAAUGCAGGGACCGCAAUUGGGAUAUUGUCGAAAGAUGGAGUUGUGUUGGUAGGUGAAAAGAAGGUGACUUCCAAGCUUCUUCAGACCUCUACAUCAACAGAGAAGAUGUACAAGAUUGAUGACCACGUCGCAUGUGCAGUGGCUGGGAUAAUGUCUGAUGCCAACAUCUUGAUCAACACAGCCAGGGUCCAAGCACAGCGCUACACAUUUGCUUACCAAGAGCCAAUGCCUGUUGAACAACUAGUCCAAUCUCUGUGUGACACCAAACAAGGCUACACGCAGUUUGGUGGGCUCCGCCCAUUUGGCGUUUCGUUUCUGUUUGCAGGUUGGGAUAAAAACUACGGUUUUCAGCUGUACAUGAGCGACCCAAGUGGAAACUAUGGCGGUUGGAAGGCUGCAGCCAUUGGGGCAAACAACCAGGCGGCACAGUCAAUGCUGAAACAGGACUACAAGGAUGAAAUAACAAGAGAAGAGGCAGUUGAGCUUGCGCUGAAGGUGCUGAGCAAGACAAUGGACAGCACUAGCCUGACAUCCGAUAAGCUCGAGUUGGCGGAAGUAUUUGUCUUGCCUUCGGGUAAAGUGAAGUACCAGGUGUGCUCCCCAGAUGCACUGAGCAAACUGUUGGUGAAGAGUGGAGUGACUCAACCUGCCGCCGAGGCCUCUUAGGUUUUCCUUGUUCCAAUUAGACGUGAUUUUCAGACAAUGUUUUGGCAUUAUAACAUUUGAAUUGCAUGUUUCCUCACUUUGUAUGACUUUCUUCCAAAACAUAUGAUGGAUUUUGGCUCUUGCACACA